UAUGCCUGAUUCUUAGAGUUUCCCUCUGGCCCCGCUAUUGGCAGCCAAAGUAUUCUGUGAUCUCUAAUCUGUGUAUGUGCGAAAGGCAGUAGGUAGAAACGAUAAACGUUUGUGCCGUCGUGAAGAAAAAUCUUGUGUGACUUCAGUAGCGCAUCUGGCAUUACCUGAGACAACUAAAUCCAACUAGCGAGGGUUUAGGGGCGAGUACGCAAACGGAAGGGACAAUCGUCAAUAUUUGGAGUCUGGUUUCCAGGUUAGUGUUUUGUCAGGGUCUGGGUGUGCCGGUUGGCAGAGGCGAAAUCGGCUGGACCAUGUCGGCCUUCGAGAAGCCUCAGAUCAUCGCUCAUAUCCAGAAGGGCCUCAACUACACGGUGUUUGACUGUAAGUGGGUGCCCUGCAGCGCCAAAUUUGUGACCAUGGGCAACUUCGCACGGGGGACCGGCGUCAUUCAGCUGUACGAGAUCCAGCACGGUGACCUAAAGCUGCUUCGGGAGAUUGAAAAGGCCAAACCCAUUAAAUGUGGAACAUUUGGUGCAACAUCUUUACAGCAGAGAUAUUUAGCUACUGGAGAUUUUGCUGGAAACCUUCAUAUAUGGAAUUUGGAAGCUCCGGAGAUCCCAGUAUAUUCUGUAAAGGGCCAUAAAGAAAUUAUAAAUGCUAUAGAUGGUGUAGGUGGACUAGGAAUCGGGGAAGGAGCGCCUGAAAUCGUGACUGGCAGCCGAGAUGGAACUGUGAAGGUGUGGGACCCAAGACAGAAAGAUGAUCCUGUUGCCAAUAUGGAACCUGUACAAGGAGAAAACAGGAGAGACUGUUGGACUGUGGCAUUUGAUAAUGUUGACCUAGUUUGGAACCAAAUGCCAUUAAUGGAGCUAAACAGAGCCUCAAAGGCAAACGGCAACGCUUAUAAUCAAGAGGAGCGUGUUGUUUGUGCUGGCUAUGACAAUGGAGAUAUCAAACUGUUUGAUCUCAGAAACAUGUCAUUGCGGUGGGAGACAAACAUAAAAAAUGGGGUAUGUAGCUUGGAGUUUGACAGAAAAGACAUAAGUAUGAAUAAAUUAGUAGCUACGUCCCUGGAGGGAAAGUUUCAUGUUUUUGACAUGAGAACACAGCAUCCAACCAAAGGUUUUGCCUCCGUUUCGGAAAAGGCUCAUAAAUCGACUGUGUGGCAGGUCCGACACCUGCCGCAGAACAGGGAGCUCUUUCUGACCGCGGGCGGCGCCGGCGGCCUUCACCUCUGGAAGUACGAAUACCCUAUUCAGCGGUCAAAGAAAGAUUCCGAGGGUGUGGAGAUGGGAGUCGCGGGCUCGGUCAGCCUCCUGCAGAAUGUGACAUUGUCUACCCAGCCCAUUUCCAGUUUGGACUGGAGUCCAGAUAAAAGGGGUCUCUGCAUCUGUAGUUCAUUUGAUCAAAUGGUGAGAGUACUGAUUGUUACAAAACUCCAUAAAAUUUGAUCUGAAGACUUUGGACUUGAAACCUUCCAGAGGAACACUCAUGGAAUUUAGAAUAAGUUUUUCCUCUGACCCUCAUUGAACAGAGUUGGAUUUGACUGAUGAACAAAGGCCCCAGCAAACCUCCGGCUAGCCUCUCUCUGGGUGUGAAAUGCCGAGUGGUGUGUCCCGGCGACCUGGCUGGAUGCUGGUUUGCUGCUGCUCGUGGGGCCACCACUGUCUCUAGCUCCAGCUCUGUGCCUUUCCUAAUAAAAAGUUGAUACUUGUCUAUAUUUAAACAUAUUUUAAAUUUGUUCUGCAUCCCCAGAGUUCCAUAUUUAUCAUAACACUUGUGUUUUAGGGUUACAAUGUUGUGGUAGGGAUCACUUAAUUUGGUUUAAGCUAGUUUGCUUUGGUAAGACUACUGUGAAUUACCCUUCAUAAAUACACUCUGAGAGAUUUCAGUGUCAGUACAUUUCUAUAAAGAAUAUUACUUUAUAAAAUACCAACAUGGCAUGGUCAGACUAGAUUUGAGUAACUGUUUUCAGCAGUAUAACUCAUAAAAUGAAAUACUAUGAUUUACAAUGACCUCUUUUUUACUUAAAAAACAGAAGUUGAAUUAGUGAGACUUUUGAUUGUUGACUGGUGAUGUUGAGAUGUACAAGAUUGUGGGGUUUUGUAGCCUUAUUUUUUGUCAAACUUUUAUAUAUUUUAUGAAUAAAUUUCUGUUUUUGAAAUCUUUGAUUCUUUUGACUUAAUAGUAAUAAAGCCAACAUCAUCACUUCU